AUGACCAGGUUCAAGAUCACAGUCACCUCGGACACCAUCUGCCCAUGGUGCUACGUCGGCCGCAGACAGCUCCAAGCCGCCCAGCGCCUGUGGGAGCAAAAGUACCCCAACUCCAAUGACACCUUCUCCAUCAGCUAUCAACCCUUUCAACUCAAGCCCGAGUGGCCCAGGGGUCCUGGGUCCAGCGUCUCCAAGGAAAAGGUCUAUAAUGAGAAAUUCGGCAAGGAGCGCGUCACCAUGAUGCAGAAGCACCUGAGCGGCGUCGGGGAGAGUCUCGGCAUCAAGUUCAAGUAUGGUGGACAGACUGGAAACACCAGGGACUCUCAUCGACUAGUGCAACUGGCCAAGAAGCAUGGCGAGGAGGCUGAGGGCAAGGCUCUUGACGGCCUCUUUGCCGCCUACUUCGAGAACAACGAAGACAUUACCAGUUACGACAUCCUGAAGAAAGUGGCUGUUGAGGCGGGAAUUCCGGAGGCCGAGUUCCAGAAGUCCAUUGUCGACAGCGACGAGUUCGGCCCCGAAGUCGACAGGCUGUCGGAAGAGGCGCACUACAGUGGCGUCAGUGGAGUGCCUGACUUUGUGAUGCAGGAUCGGUUCCGACUUUCUGGCGCCAACGACCCAUCGACGUUUGUUAGUGCUUGGGAGAAGAUCAAAGCGGCUGAGGGUUCAUGAUCAGAUUAAUCGCUUAGGGUGAUCUGAUUGAAACAAGACUUCGGUGCGCUUCUCAAGGACAUCAUUCCAGAGAUGUUGCCCUUGGAAGCCAGGAACAUAGAAUAAUAAACCAAUUUCUUGGCUUGUCCACCAGCUUGCUCUGUCCAUGUUACCGGAACCCAGUACCAGAUACUCAUCAUCCACAAGAGUCAUCUUGAAGUGACUCACAACCGGUUCGUC